AUGUCGCUUGGAAAGGGUGGUUUGAUGCACAUCUUUAUCCCUUCUAUUGUCGGUGCUCAAGUACCCAAUGGUGCUGGUGUCAGCUUCGCCCAGAAGUACAUGGGCGAGAAGACCUGCACUUUCGCUCUGUAUGAUGAUGGGGCCAGCAACCGGGGACAGGUGUUUGAAGCCUACAACAUGGCCAAAUUUACGGGUAUGGGUACCUCUGCCGCCCGCUCGUCCUCCAACACCGAGUACUUUAAGCGCGGUGACAAAAUCCCUGGUCUCCAGGUUAACAGAAUGGAUAUUCUCGCCACCAAGCAUGCUGUUGAGUAUGCCAGGAAGUGGACUGUCGACAACCAGAAUGGUCCUCUUCUCCUUGAAUUCGUGACAUACCGCUAUGGAGGACACUCCAUGUUCGACCCAGGAACCACCUACCGUACCCGUGAGGAAGUCCAGCGUAUGCGUUCUACCCAGGACCCCAUCUGUAGUCUCCAGAAAUACAUCGAAGAGUGGGGUGUUGCGAACGAGCAGGAGCUUAAGCAGCUUGACAGGAAGGCCAAGGCUGAGGUCGACGCCACCGUCGAGGAGGCCAAGGCCAGCCCUGAACCAUUGCUCACGUUUGCCGUCUUACAUUGA